AUGAGAAUGAACAAUAUUAAAGCUGUAGUAGUAACGGGUUGCGAUAGUGGGAUCGGAUAUGGGAUUUGUUCCGCCUUAUUAAGGAAAAAUUACUUUGUAAUCGCAGGAUGUUAUACUAAACAAGGGAUUAAAAAGGUUAAAAAGCUGUACAAAUCAGUAUUUAGUUCUGGAGAUGUAUCUUCAUACCCUUCCAAUAGAUCUGAUUCAACCAAAGAUUCCAUGGAUAUCGUGAAUAACCACGAAUCUGACAAUCUUGAUCAUAUUAUUGGUCAAAAGAAAGAUGAUACUGGGAAUCUUAAUGAACACUUAAACUCAAUUAAUACUAAGAGGAACGUGUAUAGAAUGGGUAAUCGAGGAAUGAUAAUGAGAUUGGAUGUGACUAGUGAGGAAUCCGUUAAGGAAUUGUCAUCUUUAGUCAAAGAAUUAAUCGAUACUAAACAAAUCCCAAGCCUUUAUUCUCUAAUUAACAAUUCAGGAAUUUGGAGAUUCUCAUCACUCAAAGAAUGCUGGAAUGGUGAUAAGUUGAUUGAAAGUGAGGUAGAGGAGGAAUUAGAACGUUGGAAGUUGGUGAUGGAAACAAAUCUGAUGGGCUCAGUUCGAGUUUCACUUCGAUUGCUUCCAUUUUUGGCUAGAUAUGAAGGCUUUGCCAGAAUAAUUUUCAUCACAAGUGUUGUGGAUGAGACUGGAGUUCCUGGUCAGAGUUCGUAUGUUUCUUCAAAGUUCGCACUUCGAGGAUUCCACGAAUCUCUAAUGCAUGAGUUGGAAGGAACUAACAUCGCCACUGUAACCGUUGCACCAGGCGCCCUAUCAGAUACCUGCCUCUUCGAUUACGACUUUAAGUUGAAUAAGGAGUAUAGGCUCAACGAUACACAUAGGUUGAAGAAUGGAAUGAAGAUUUUGAAGAAAUUGGGGUCAAGUAGUAAAGGAGUUGUAAAAACAGUACUGAAGGCACUGGAGAGUAAGAGACCAAGGAGAUAUUACAGAAGCACAUCGGGAACAUUUCUGUUCAAACUGAUGAAAUUGUUCCCAAAAUCGCUUUACAUUAAGAUCGCUAAACUUAUUUUACUCAACUUUGAACACAUCUACACCUCACUUCCCCUCCUCACUAAACUGAUACGACUCGUUCUUAAAUAAGUUAAUGUAGUAUAUACUCA